UGUAGUUUAUCUAUUAAUAUGAAUGGCAAAUCUAUGCUCAAAGUAAAGUAAAGUAGAUUAAGUAUGAUUAAAUUAAUAAUUAAAAUUAUUCUGCCUUUCAUAGCUUUCUAAAACAUAAAUAAUCCAAAUGGUCAAAAAACAGCUCAAUUUAUUUUAAUAAGUUUAUUUGCUUUAUCAUAUUUUACUUUAAGUUUCCUUGAUGAAAUUUUAAAUCACCCCUACAAUAGCAUUUAAAUGUCGUAAGCUAAUCUUGCCGGGAUAUUGAUAAAUAUGAUUAUGGUUGUUUUAAAGGGUUUCUAGUAUGGAGACUACAUUAGUUAUUCAACCCAAAUGACAAUUACUUAUUUAGUUGUGCCUCCGUUAUAUUUGGCAGCUAAUAAAUUUAUGUAAACAAAAAUAAUGAGAACCAUAAGCACUGAUGAUAUAAGAUUGCAUUAAAUGAGAGAUUAUGAUGGUCUUUUAACUAAAAUGAGUUAUCUUUAGCAAUUUUGCAUUAAUCCAUACUAAAAUAAGCAUCUUGUAACAACUGUUUUAGGUGUAAUAAAUUCUCACAAAGCUAGUUGUAUUGAUUUAGAAUGCUUUUGUUAUAAAAAAAGUAACAAAAAUACAAUUAGUUGUUUUUAAGAAGAAACAGGAAUUUCGGCAAACAUAAAACUUAUAGAAUCCUACAUUUAGUUAAGUCUUGAAAAAUACAUUUUAAAUGCUGAAAAGCAUUCUUUAAACAGUUUUGAUUCACAAUUGAGAUUUACAAGAUAUAUUUAUUUUCUAAUAGAAAACAAAUAAUUAACUAAUUCUAUACAGAAAAUAAGCAGUAUUCUCUAUUCUUCAAAAAAUAGAUUUAUUAAUUUUAGAAUUAAAAUAAUUUUGUUGCUCCUUAUGAAUAAUUUAAGUAAUAUACUCUACUAAUAGCAGACAAAAGCAAUUAAUGGACAAUAAUAAAUAGAGCAACAAAACUAAUACUCUCAGAUGCUAGAAUUCUCUAAUGCUAUUUCUCACUACAUAAAAUCUGAAUAUCAUUUUGAGUUCAUAAUUUAAUCGAUACUUAGAAUAUUAAAUCAAAAGAUUAAAUUGUACGAAGAUAUUUUUGUUUAAAAGUAAGAUAUUACUGCUAGGUUAUUGGAGCUGAGCAAAGAUAUGAUACAUGUUGAAAAGGAUUUAUUUCAUUUCUUUUAAAAAUUCCCAUCAAAGAAAAAUAUAUCCAUAAUAUGCUUUUUUUAAGCAGAAAUAAGAAAUAAUUUUUUGAAAGCUUAUAACUUUGCUAAUGGGUUGUCUUUUAAUAAAUUUUUAACUUCAGUGCAAUUAAAUAAAAAUAACCAAUUAAACUAAAUAGAUAACUACUUGCUCAAGUAGAUGAAUUUGUAUGAUAAUAAUAGUAUAGUCUCGUUAUCUAUUUCUUAUGGAUAAAAAAAGGGGGAAUUAAUCUCUUUUAGUGAUAAUGCUCCUUAUUUAUUUGGAUAUAACAAGUAGUCAUUUUCUAUUCUAAGAAACAUUAAUGAUUUAAUUCCAAUAACUAUUUCAAGAAAUCAUCACAAAUUUUUAUUUAAUUUUUUGAUUACUUCAGAGAGUAAAUUUUACAAAGACAUCAAUAUUUCUUUCAUAUAGCAUAGUGAAGGAUAUAUAGUACCAAUUGACUUUACCUUUGACAUUAAUUUUCAUUUGAAAAAUGAUUUUGCUUUUAUUACUUUUAUGAAAAAAAAAGAAUUAAGUUAGAAUUAAUAAUUUGUAAUAUUGGAUAAUAAUGGUUAAAUUGAAGGAGUUACCAAGGGAUUUUAGAAAUAAGUAUUGAUGAGUAGUGAAGAUGAAAAAAAAUUUCAGAAUUUAUUAUACUCAACUAAUUUUACACAAAUGAUCCCUGAUUUUCCAGAUUUAGUAAGAGAUAUGUCCUAAAAAAAAGAAUCAGUUAAGUAUUUUGAUUAAUAAACUAUGUUUUAUUACAAAACAUUAGCUGACUCUUAAAAGGCAUUAGCAGAAUCUAGUGGCUCUAAAAAUAAAACAGCAAACAGUUUAUAAGAUGAUCAAGAUGCAGAAAGGUCAUCUGCAAAUCUUAGAUAAUCAAUGAUUAAGUCAAAAGCUAGCAAUUUGAGCAUUUUAAAUUCAAUUAAAUCAGCAAAAUAAAUAAAAUAAGCAGUAUUUGGAAUUUCUGCCAAGAAAGUUGUUACUCAUAUAGGAAAACUAAACAAAAAUCAAAUAAAUUAAUUUGAAGUUAAUUUCAAGCUACAUUUAAGACAGUACAAUUUUUAAGGAUAAAAAAUCCAAUAUUUUAUAAUAGAAUUUACAAAUAUUAAGAGAUAUCUGUUUAGAAAUAUUAAAAUGGGAUUAAUAAUGAAAUAAAUUUUGGAUAAGAAAACUGAAACUUAAAAAAGAUAGGAUAGCAUAGACACAACCACACUUCAAUAAUAAACAAAAAUAGCAUUUACAGAUAACGAAAUUAUAAAAUUAGAUGAAAGUAUUGAAGAUAAUUUUUAAGAUUUUGGAAAAAAAGAAGGAAAAAAAAAUGGAAAAAAUAUCGAUUAAUUAUAAUAAGAACCUAGUAAAAUCUAGCCUUUAAAUAUUAAGAAUUAAAAUUCAUAAAGUCCUUAACAAAAUGCUAGUAGUAAAGGAAGUGUUCACCAAUUUAACAAAUCUCACAUUCAAAAAGGAUUGCAAGCUUCAUUUAAUAAAUUCGAAUUUAUAUAACAAAAACGUCUCAGUUUAAGUUUAAAUAGCAAUCAGGCUUAAGAAGAAAGUAUUAUAAGAGUAAAAGGAACAGCAACUGGUAGACCCUUUGGACUAAGGUUAAGAGAAGAUGAUUACAAAAACUCUCCUUAGCAGAUUAUUAAUUAAGAAGACUUAAUCUAAUUUGAAAAAUUGAUAAAGCAGAAAGAGAAUAAAGAUAUUUUCAACUCUCCAAAAAAUUUUGAGAAUGCAUAGGUGUAAUAAUAAACCUCGCCAAAGAGAAGAAACUCUUUUGAAAUUUAAUAACUUAAAAAGAAAAGUAUCUCUGAAUAAAGUGAAAGUAAUUUAGAUUAGAAAAAUAAAAAAAAGAGUCGUUUAUCUCAUCGAAGAUUCUCUUAAUAUAAGAAAAAAAGUGACAAUGAACCAUCUAAUUAUUUAUAUAGAAUGAUUACAGGCUUAAAUUAGGCAUAAAUAGAUACAGAUUUGAAAGGUAAAAAGAGUUUAGCUGAAAAGAGAAUUCUUUAAAUUAAUUCUUCUCUUUAAGAUGAGUUAUUUGUGAAAUAAAUAUCCUAAGAAGGCAUGCAAAGUUAAUAUUUUUCAGAAUAAUCAGAUUCUAUUUUAAGUGAUUUAGAUUUUGCUCUUAGUAAAGACUCUUCAGUUCAUAAUAAAAGCAUGUUCACUAAAAUUUAACAGUAGAUUUUUUAUUCACAUGGAGAUGAUGUCAAUGAUAAAAAUAACUCAGACAACUAGGAGAGUAAAUAGAAAGACUAGCUUACUCCAAGAUCUUUAUAAUAUUAAAAUUAAGUUGAUAUCUAAAGUUAAAGAUUUUUUGAUCUUUUUAAAGGACCACAGAAUGAUAAAUCAAAGAAAAAGCAAUUGGAUGAUUUAGAAAAAUAAUCUAGUGUUAUGAAAUUAAAGAUAUCUGAGUAUUAUUCAAAAUACCUUCUUUAUGAAAAUUAUACUUAACCAUCAUUAACCAAAAAAAAUUAUAGGUUAAGGAGAAUGCUGUUUGCUUAGUUUCUAUCCUUUUUGAUUAUGUGUUCUUUGCCUUUAUAUAAUAUGAUCAAUUAAGUAUAAAUUGUUUAUGACUUGAGAAGUUAAAUAGAUUUGUUUUCAAUUAACUCUGGUAUUUUAAGAUCACAAAACGAGAUACAGUUAUUGUUGAAUUAUAAAGAAAUUUUAGAUGUCACAUUAAAUAUUCCCUAAAGAAAAGAUAAAAUAACUGUUUUAACAAAUACAUUUAUAAAUAUAUUUUAGAAUGCGAACUAAAUACAAUAAAGUUAAUAUUUAAAUCAAAUUUACUAAGAAAUAAUAUCAAAAUAUUAUGUAUUACUUUACACAUCUCCUACUCACUAAGAUAACUUAUCAGUAAAUUAGAUAAUUAUGACAAUGAUGAGGAACAUUUAAAAUUUAAGUUUAACCUCAAAUAUUUCUUAAGCCCUAAAAUCUUAUUCUUACAACUUCUAUAUUUAAAAUUUGCAAAAGAUUUUUGAUAUUCUCUAACAAGUUAAUUUAGAUAUUAUCUAAAGUGUCAAAAACUCAAUUGUAGAUAGCAACACUGCAACAAUUAUUGUUUUUCUUUGCUUUUCAAUCAUACUUUGUCUUUUUAUAGUCAGCUAAAUAUUUUUCUUCCAAAGUUUUUCAAGACAGCAGGCAUGUUAAAUUGAGCUUUUUGAAAGUACAGACAGGGCACUUAUUUAAAAUGAGCUGCAAAAACUCUCCUUCAUAUCUGAAACACUAAUUAAAUCUUAAGAGCUUAUGUACAGUUACGAAUUCGAUUUAUAAUUCAAAGAAAAUAGUUUAAUUUAAAAUAAAAAAAUGAACUCAAUCUACAGAUAAAUUAGAAAAACUAAUCAAAGAGUUAACAUUGAGCUUUAAAACAAGGAAAUUUCUAAAAUUAUGUUGAUAACCCUCCAAAUAAUUAGUCUAUUUUUGUUUAUCUCGUUUGGAUUAAUUAUUUAUAUUUAUUUCAGUAACUUUUUGGUAGAUUUCAAGAACAAUAUCAGUACACUAAAUGAUUAUGGAGACUUUCAAUAUUUAAUGCCAUAGUUGAAUCUUCUAUGGUUUUAUUUAAGUUAAAACUAUUAAAAUUCUUAGUACGUUUUAAUCUUUUAAAAUAUGUUCGGAAUGGUAUAAAGCAUCACAAAUAAGCAGGUAGUUUCUGUGUUGAAUAAUUCAAAUUUGCCUUCAAAUUUUAUAAAAAAAAUUGAAUAGAUUAAUUAAUAGAAUUUGUGUUAAAUAUCUUAUAACAUAUUUAGUCCUUAAUCACAAUAUUUCCAAACUAAUUUAUGCCCUCUAUUGAUUAAAUCUGCUUUAACAAAUGGCUUACUUCCAUCACUGAUGUAUUAUGAGAAUAUUUUUAGAAGCUUGCAAUAUUUAAAUUUUUAGCUUGAUUAAGACUAUAUAACUAGUGGUUCUAUUGAAGGUUUAUUAGUGGUAGAUGAAGAAAUAAAAAAUUUACAAGACUCGCUAAAAUCCUUCUUGAAAGACGAUUCAAACAUGGUUAUAUAAAUCAUUUAUAUAACAUCAUCGCUCUUUAUAGUUUUCACUCUCAUCUAUAAUAUUUUUUUCAUUUUCCAUAUCAAAUAUAAAAUGGAAGAAAUAGAUAUUGUCCAUAGAAACACGUUAUUCCUUAUUCCAUAGCAUACUCUCUUUGUAGAUUAAAGAUUUAUUACUAGGCUAAGGGCAUAUAUAAUUAAAUUUAACAUGAACUAUAUCCUUGACUGAA